AUGGUGCGUCACGAUGUUCUCCGCUAUUUGCAAACGGCGUGGAACAAGCCUCCGGGGGUCGAUUUGCAACAGGGUGAAGUGGCCGUCAUUCAAGUCCGCGACGAAAUCGCCGACCGCAUGUACGAUGGAUACUACGAAGACGAGAAGCGUCAGGACUUUUUGCUUCAAGUUUGGCCCAUUGUGUGCCUCCAAAUCAGUAAAGACAACCGCGUCCGAAAAGUAUCCCGUGUCAUUGAUGGCAGCCGACGUGCCUUGUGGAUCUGGACGGCGCCUCCUGCUGGUGAAAACGCCAUGCAGUCGUAA